AUGCAUUCGCGAUCACCUUACAGACGGCCACGCGUACGAAAGUCCCGCGGCCGCGGCCUGCGGACGACGAAUGGAUGCAUAACAUGCCGGAAACGACACUUGAAAUGUGACGAGGCAAAGCCGAUAUGCGGCGCUUGUGCCAAAAAUAACAAGAUCUGCGAAUUCGCUAGCUCGGGUCGUCGCAGCGUCAACCUUCCAGCCUCGGACGGGGCCGUUACAGACGCUGUUCCUGAUUUGAGCGCCCAGCAAGGUGCGGUCGCAGUGGAGGACAACGAACGAGAAUCGAGUACAGCUCAGACAAACUCCGCGCUCUCGGGACUGCGCGAAGCUAUUGUCCCAGGCUGGCCCAGUUUUGCGGUCGAUCCCAACAUCUCUCAACCUGCCCAACUUGAUCAACUGAGAGGGAGUCAAUCCGAUUCGAACCAGAAUCUGGUGGCUUCGACAGAUGCCUCUUUGUCACCCUCUAAUUCAUCCCUUGCGGCAGUUCGGUGGUUUGGGCUGCUAGCUAAUGAUGCUGCUAAGGACAGUUCACAGGUGUCUACGACCCAUAAUUCCUGGGUGAAUCAAGGUUUCUCGCUGCAGGGCCACUCUAAUCCAGAUGGCCAAACCCAACUCAGCUCGUUGCAAUGCGCGACGCUGGUAUUAGACGGCCCUUCUUCCAUUUAUGCAAGUCACGACCCAACGCAAGCUGGUACUGCAGGGGGCAAUACGCUGGGAGAUGAGCAGAUAUGGCAGUCACGAGAGCAAAUUGAGCUUCUGCCGGGCGAGGAGACAUUGUUUGAACAUUUCGUAACUCGAGUGAGCCCAUGGAUUGAUCUCUUCGAUCCCACAGCCCAAUUUUCUACGUUCGUUGCGCACUUGGCCAUAUACAAUGCGGGGCUGAUGAAUGCUAUACUCGCUCUUGCAUAUCGACACCUGGCCUUGAAUCCCCAUCUGAGCGAUCGUAACGUGCCAAACAAGCAGGAAGCAGCUCUUCAAUAUUAUUACCAGACUCUACACUAUGUGCAAAAGGCUAUGCAGUACUCUGGUUACAAAAGAAGCCUCGAGCUGCUCGCAACAACGUUGAUCAUUUCCGCUUACGAGAUGCUUGACAAUUCUACGAAUGAUUGGGAGAGGCAUCUCGAGGGUGUGUUUUUGAUACAGAGAUCCCAAACCAUUCAUGGCGAGUCUGGAGGAUUGCGUUCGGCCGUUUGGUGGGCAUGGCUUUGUCAAGACAUCUGGGCGGCUUUCCGGGAGAAACGCAAAACUCUUACAUUUUGGGUUCCGCAAAAGCCCCUUUCCGAAUUAUCACCACACGAACUUGCCAGACGCUCAAUAUACAAUACUGCGAAGGUGAUCAGCUAUUGCGCCGAUGCGGUGACCGAAGCAGAUAUCGGACGUCGGGUCGAUGAGGCAAACCAUCUUCGCAAGAUGUUAGAUGACUGGCAACAACACCUGACCAUUGAGUUCUCUCCCUUGCCGCUCGGCUCACGCCACCAGUCAUAUUUUCGACCUAUCUGGAUCCGCCCACAUGCAUUUGGUAUGGAUGAAAAGACAGUGCACUGCAAUCCCUGGAAACAACUAACACCAGAUAUAGCCGUCGCGAUUCAAUUAUUUAGCGUGUCGCAUAUCUUACUACUUGCUCAUGAGCCUAGGCUAGGAGGCAUUGAGCAGUAUACCGAGCGACAAAGUGUAAUCAAGCACUGCGUGGAGAAUAUCUGCGGUAUUGCUGUGACACUAAAAGACAACCCAUCCAGCAUAAUGUCAUCGCAAGCUCUAUAUAUCGGUAAGUCUUUCAAUGCACCUUAUUUAAGAAACAAUACCAACAGGAAAAUAGCCGGACUAUUUACUCAAGAACACGAUACCCGAGAGGCUAUCUUGGAACUGCUGGAAUCCUGUCGCGAACGUAGUGGCUGGCCAGUUAGAUCUUUAGGUGAAGAGCUCCAGCAUUUUUGGGCAGACCACGAGCCGACAAAAGAGGCAGCUGCCGCGAACUUGGCGCGAUCUAUUCCAUAA